AUGCUCGCUCAAGUCCUCAAAGAUAUUCGCAAUGGAGAACUCGACCUCACCGACAGCAAGAAACUCGCCGACUUUGCUACUCAUCGGGGACCAGAUCUCGCCCGCAAGACUGGAGACAACGACCAGCCGACGGCUCUUCACAUCAUAGCCAAGGAAGACAAAAAGUCUCUUCCUAAUCUAGAUAAGAUGGAACCACUCAUCACAUUUCUCUGCCGACAGAAAGGUUACCUCGAGAUUGAAGACCGGUCAGAGCGUACAUCACUGUUCCUCGCGAUCGAACAGAGAAAGAAGCCACUGGUGCAGUGGAUGUGCGAGGCUCAUCCUGACAUAAGCAGCAUCAUCUCCAUCGUCGGAAGCAAGGGCAUGAACUGCCUUCAUAUAGGCAUUCACAAGAGGAUCAAGUUCCUUGAUCUACUUAUAGAGAAAGCGAAGCCUGAGGUUUUGGCAGCAAAAGACGACAAUGGAAACACGCCGCUCCACCUUGCUGUUGACUAUGAGAACUGCAAGAGAGAGCAGCUGCAGUAUAUCAAGAUGAUGCUGGACAAGGGCGAUCAGGCGAUAUCCAACAGCACGAGCGGUGACUUCAAUAAGGCGAAUCUCUCUCCUUAUAGAUGUCACAAGGAAAGUGUCAGAAAGGGUCGUAAGAAGCAGGCAGACGAAGCAGAUAAGCCUGGCAAAGACACAGAAUCUGUUCCAAAUCGUGGAAUGUCGUCAUCUAUGCCGUCUAUCUUACCACCUGACAGCUCCAUGCGACCCGAGAUGCGAGAUAGCGUACCAGUCGACCACCGAACCAAGUAUGGAGGCAGUAUCACUUUCCAGCCUUCUGUGCCCAUUGCCUCGCCAGCUCCAAGUGUUAUUCUAGAUGCUGGAGACAGCAGCAAGAAGAAAGCAACCAAUGAAUCCGGAACGGCAAAGUCCAAGAAGAGCAAGAAGAGUGGCAGCAAAUCAGAUCCAGUAGAUGAGACUAUUGUGAAAGGUGUUGAACAGUUACUUAAGCUGCACUAUUUGAGAUCCCGGGAUUGCACCGACGCCAUGGAGAUCUGGUAUGGAAAGAAUGUCCCCUCUGACAAGGAGCUUAGCUUUCACCUUUCUGGCAUGGUGCAUCCAGGUGAAAGUCUCACUCAAAAGGGGCUCACUAAUCUUCUGCGCAACAUCAAUUUCGAGGACACUCUCCAAUACGUUUGGAUCCCCAGAAUCACCGUCGAGGAACCUCAGCCAAGUAAGUCGAGGACCUUGGCGCGCAUACAAGUCAAGCCCGUACCCGAUGGGGCUGGGAGGUCAGACUUGGUGCACAUCUUCAACCAGCUCCGCAGCAAGGGCGUCAAGACUGUCCUACGUGUCUUUGUUCAGGACUCUGAUCCUGACUCCCCAUCGCACAGUGACGAGGCCAUUGAGAAGGCGCUCCAAGGUCUUGGCGUUGAGGUUUGGGACUGGAAUAAGACAGACUUGUGCACCGAAGUCACCCUCACCGCGGCCCCCAAGGCACGAGAGGUCCAUCUCUAUUGGAGCGGUAACAAUGCUGUACUCAGAGGCUGGAGCGAGGCUGGAGGGUUGGCAAAGCUACCCGAACUGGGCCUCGUCAAACUUCAUAUCCAGCAAGGCCUUGAGUCAUCCGCCCGAACUGAACACAACGUCAACGAGUUCCAGGCCAGGAUGAAGAAGCUCUGUCCCAGUAUCGAAGUCGAAUUGGAGUGGCCAAAUAUGCACCGAAGACGGGCGGACAAGACCCCCGCCCGUGCUGAAGAGGCCCCAGAGCAUACUACCAAACACGAAUGGAUCCAGUGCAUGACAGACUUCAGAAAGCUGAUCUUUGAAGCCGAGGCAAACUAUCCCGUGGCCCCUGGAACCAAGGUCAGCGAGAUGAUCGAACCAAUUCAGAUUGCGAUCAUCGAUGAUGGAGUUGACAUGAAGGAUCUCGACUACCAUUUUACAGGUGGCAGAAGCUUUUGCGUACGCUCUGAACACCGAGGCCUUCUUGAUCCAUAUUACAUGUCCCGAACUGGUCACGGAACUAUCAUGGCGAAGAAUAUACACCUCAUGUGUCCGCAUGCAUCUCUCUUCAUACUUAGACUUGAGGAUACUCCCUCUGAAGAUGGAACCAAGCUGAACAUCACCGCCCGAAGUGCCGCAAAGGCCAUUCGUGCAGCGAUAGUACAAGGAGUCCAGAUCAUCUCGAUGUCAUGGACUAUCGAUCCACCCAAGGACGACAGAGAACGACAAGACCUCGAGAACGCUGUUGUCGAGGCUGCCAACGCUAACAUCCUCAUGUUCUGCUCAGCAAGGGACAAAGGAGCCCACAACGCCCCAACAUACCCCUCCAAAGCAACAAACAAGAUCUUCACCAUCGGCGCCGCAAACUCCUCAGGUGCAAGUGUAGACUACGUCGGUAAUGCCUCUGAGCUCAGCUACACUUUUCCCGGCGAUAAAGUCGAAGUCGACAGCGGUCCAGGCAGAAGAACUCCCCCAGAGAUCGUGGACGGGUCAUCUGUGGCGACUGCAUUGGCAGCUGGUCUCGCGGCGUUGAUACUGUAUUGUAUCCAAGUUAGGAUAUUUCUUGCCAAGGACUCCGAGAAGCAGAAGGCUCGGGAGGAUUAUAGGAAAGUGAAACAGCAUGACUGGAUGGUAAAGGCGUUUGAUGCUAUUGAGACGACAAAGGAGAGUAAUCGCAAGUUUCUCAAGGUCUGGGAGAUGUUUGGGAAAUGUGUUGAGCAGAAAGAUCAGAAACCACAGGGGGAAUGGCUUCAGCUGGUGGCUGACGUUGGAACGAGGUUAUGUGUUAAGAUUUACUAA